ACUUGUAAACAUUUUUGACCUGAAUUAAGUAAGAUUUGGACACAUCGAUAGUCCACUUUAUCACAAGCUACAUUCCGCACAGAUACUGACGCAAACAUUAGUAGGCGAUAAUCCAGCAACAUGGCUGCUCCAACCACCAUGAAGGCGCUGAUCAAGACAAAGGAAGGCAAGUCGUUUGACUAUGUAGAUGUUCCUGUACCAGAGCCCAGCGGUGACGAAGUUCUUAUCAAAGUUGAUGCUGUGUCUGUGUGUGGUUCCGACAUUAACCUUUACUCCUGGAACCAAGUGGCCCAGGUCAUAGCUUCCAUUCCCUUUACUCCGGGUCACGAAUGCGCAGGGACCGUGGUGAAAUGUGGUCCUGAUGCCAAAGGCAUGAAGGUGGGGGCCAAGGUUGGGGUGGAAAACCACUACUACUGUGGGGAGUGUUAUCAGUGUCAGCAUGACACGAAAGCAAUAUGUAAGAACAUGGGGCAGUUUGGGCAUGGUAAGAAGACGCCUUACGGAGGGUGUUCCGAGUAUACCAUCGUACCCGCUAAAUAUCUGUAUCAAAUGAAAAGAAAUAUUGAUGCUGACGAGAUUGCAAUGUUAGAACCACUAGGUGUCGCUCAUAAUGCCACAGAGAGGCUUGAAGUGGCGGGAGAAGACGUGCUUAUCAUUGGAUGUGGACCUGUAGGUCUCCUUGUUCUCAUGGUCGCCAAAGCUGUAGGAGCAAAACGAGUAAUAUCAGCAGACAUUGAUCAAAAACGGCUAGAUAUGGCGAAGUCUUUAGGGGCAGAUGUGAUCACUAACACUCGCGAAAAGAACCUCAAAGAUUUUAUCAUGGAGUUUACAAAUGGUGAUGGAAUUGGGAGGAUCUGUGAGUGUAGUGGUGCUAGUACAAUGGUGAAUUCAACCUUCUCAAUGUUACGAAAAGGUGGACAAAUGACCUUCGUGGGACUUCCAAAGGAACCACUUCACGUGGAGAACGUAUUGCAAGAUGUUGUGUUUAAGGCACUGACUCUAAAAACCAUCCAUGGCCGUCAGAUUUAUCACACCUGGGAAGAAACGGAGAGAUUGGUUGCAGACGGCAAAAUUGACGUCAAAAAGGUCAUAACUAACAGGUUCCCGAUGUCAAAAUUCGAAGACGCCUUCAAAGCUCUGUUUGCGGGGAAGGACUGUAAGAUUAUACUGUAUCCCUCACAGUGAUCAGCAGCAAGGGAAUAUGUCCUGGAUCAGCGAGAAAUUGGAAUACAAAUAAACAGAUAUUUCGAAGACCAAUUCAAACAAUUACAAUUCUUUACUUACAGUGAUUUAAA